GCUUUUCCUUCUCUUCUUCUCUAAACCGGUAAAAAGAGAAGAAGGGUGACGACGCCGAUUUCCGAAACCUCUAAUUUUCUCUCUCAUGGUGCUUUGUAGUUUCUCUCUCAUCCUUCUCUCCCUCCUCGCCUGAAGAAGCAGCCUCCGCCUCUCGCUUUUGCUCCUUCCGGUGAUUUUUGCAGAAAUGCCGACUUUCUCUGUCAUAGCUUUAGAUAGGUUAUUAGAAGCUGGAGCUUCUUCCAAAUCUGCCGACAUGUCUGUUCCUAAUUCUGGUGCUUCUUCCAAAUCUGCCGAUGUGUCUGUUCCUAUUCCCAAGCCUGUUUCACAUUCGAUGCCUGUUCCUGAGGGACCCAUGAAGCUGGAGAGGAGGAAUAGUACCUCGGUUAUGGAGGGGAGGAAGAGCACCUCGGUUAUGGAGAGGAAGCCUCGUCGACCUCCAAUAAGGCCAGCACUAUAUGCCACUCCUGAGACAACUCCACUACCGGAUUCACCCACUUCUUUCCCUCCCUCAUCACCUUACAUUGUCAACCACAAGCGCCGUGGCCCACGCCUUCUCAAGAGUUACUCGGAGCAGGAUGUUUCGUUACACCAGAAAUCUGGAGAUGAAGGGAAACUGAAUGGUUCCUUGCACCAGAAAUCUGGAGACAAAGAGAAACUGAAUGGCACCACCGACAUUGAGGCCAAGGCGGAAACUUCUCCAGUGGAUGAUUCACUUACUUUUACCGUACCCAAGCCAAGUCAAGUACAACAUUCAAAUGGUGUCCAUCCUAUUGGUAGCAGCAAUGGGAACCUUGAGACCAGUAAUGGGGUACCUAGGAGCAGUGAUGUUGAAUUGGGUACUAGUAGUAUGACUAAUGGUUCAGCCAGGGAAGAUGAUUUGUUCCAGCAAGGUGCCAUGGCUUCCGAAAGUGAUCGUGAUGAUUUCUUUGAUCCAAAAGAUAACAUGAGUGUCACAAGUAACACAGAUGGAGAGGGAAAUGCUGGGGCAGAGCGUUCUGUGCCUAUUGGUAUACCUGCUGGGGAGUUUUAUGAUGCCUGGGAAGAACUUUCAUCUGAGGGUGGUCAUAGCCAACAGCUUUCGGGUUGUGAUCUUGAAACUGAGCUACGUGAGAUGAGAUUGAGUCUUGUGAUGGAGAUAGAAAAGCGGAAGCAAGCUGAGGAAUCCUUGAAUAACUUGCGGAACCAGUGGCAGAGGAUCAGGGAACAGUUAUCUCUUGUAGGAUUGACUCUUCCUGCAGAUCCCACUGUUACAACAGACCAUGAGCAGCUAGGUUCUGAUCCUGUGGGAGAGUUGGGGCAACAGCUUUAUCUUGCUAGGUUUGUAUCAAAUUCUAUCGGGAGGGCCAUAGCAAGGGCAGAGAUGGAGGCAGAGUUGGAAGAUCAGAUUGAGGCGAAGAACUUUGAGAUUGCUAGGUUGUGCGACAAGCUUCAUAAUUAUGAAGCUAUGAAUCAGGAAAUGGUCCAGAGGAAUCAGGAUGUCAUCGAGCUGGCGCGGCGUGACAGGGAGAAGAAGGCAAAACGACAAAGGUGGGUCUGGGGCUCGAUUGCUACUGCCCUCACACUUGGUACAGCAGCCUUGGCAUACUCCUAUUAUCCAUCUGGAAGAGGAUCUCCGACCUACCAUUCUGAGGCUUCCGGGAGUGAUAAAUGAAAUUGUUCCAUGUGGUAACUGUUGAUAGUAUGCCAUAGAGAAUAAGAGGUCUUACAUGCUACACACCUUGUGGAUAGCAUUCUCUUGAUCUUUUAUCAGUUAGAUUUCCUGUGAUCUGAGGAGGAUGUACAGAACCGAAAAAAUAAUUCUAAGUUUUGCUCGAUACAUGCAUUUUGGAAAUGCUAUAGAUCAUGAAAUAGGAUCAGUCAUUGUUGUUUAAACCUUACAUUACAGCUCAAGUAUGUUUUGAAGUGUUUACCCAUAUUACCUUAGGGUAAAGUAAUCCAACCCCUUCUUCGUUUCCGAAUC